GUUUGUUUGAUACACAGUGCACAUCAACACUGCAUUAGGUAACAACAAUGGCAACUUUAAUUUCAUUAUUAGCAGUAACGGCAGUAUUAGCAACGCCUAGUGCAGCAUUAGAGAGCAGUAGCGACCCACAGAGCGACACUUGCGCCAAAUUGUCGUCGUGUGCCACUUGCCUCAGUAAAAGUUAUUGUUCCUGGUGCGUUACCAAGAGCAAAUGUACGAAACAGUCUUGCGGCAACGACAACGUUAUCUACCCCAAAAGCGUUAAGGCUUUAAUGUCCGGACCCCAAUUCUGCCCGAGAAUUGUCCGCCCGGAGAAAGAGCUCGCAUUCGAGAGCGGAAAAAAGCAAAUCUUAAGCGUUAAAAUCACACAGAUCUAUUUAUACAUGGCUUUUACUACUUGGAAAUGCAGAAUCAGUUUGAACGACGAAGAAAUUGAUGUGAACGCAGUGCUGCUUGCUGACGAGGUGUAUUGUGACUCUGUAGUACUGAGUAAUAAAUCAGAUAAGCCUGAAGCAGCAGGCAGUGUGACGCUGCUGUGGGAACAGAAUAAGGUGCUCGACGGGAGUGUGCCUUUCAUAGUGUGUCGGUGUGAUAUGGAUUCUGGUUGUGCAGUUUGUAAAUAGGUUAAACAGAUUCCUUGUGAAUGAUGAUUAAUGUUAUUAGAGCACUGGCACAAAAUAUUAUAUCAAGACGUACAAUGUUAGUAUUAGUAAUGUAAUUUUUAUAAUAUGAAAUAUUUUCAAUUGUAAUUAAAAUAUCUAAUCUUAUGUAAUUAUUGUUCAAAUUCAUUAAGUCAAUAAUUUAUAUCGUCUUAGAUUAAUUUGUGCUAAAUAUUGUGAAAUCCCAUUGGCUCAUAAUACCUUCAACAGUUAUUUAUUUUUAAAUAACUGUUAUGUUAUAUUAAGUUUUAUUAAGUAAACACGUGUUAUAGUAAUAAAUAUAGCUGCUAACUGUUCUACAAGCUGACCAGUCGUUUUAAUUACGCUGAAUAAUUU